UGAAUCAGUUUCCAGAUGGCGACCGGUCUCAUUUAGUUGUUGUUUAUUUUUAAAACCGGUGCAGUAAAUGCCCUCAAAUCAGCCCGACAAUUAGUUUAGGUCGAUUGAACGCCCGUAAUUUUGUUUCCUUAGCGGUUUUUGCGUCUGACGUUGAACACGUGUGAACAUAACCUAGAAAAAUGGCAACGUCAAUGCAGGUGGCAGCACGCAGUUCGUCCGGUAUUUACUUGGCGAACGGCCACCCCAGUUUUAUUCAGUUGGAGGACGCACCACAGAUCAACAGCAAGUCAUGUCGGGUCAUGCUGUUCAGUCCGGAAGGUCGAUACUUUGCGUUCACCAAUGGACCACAGAUCAACAUUCUGACCACAAGUGAUUGGAAAACUGUGGCUGUUAUUGAAAACACCAAAGCAUAUCAUUUGGCCUUUUCCCCAUUGAGCACCUAUUUAAUAUCUUGGGAGCCAUUCACAGUGAGCAAUGCCAACCCACAGGGCAGUCCCAACAUGCACAUUUACAAAACAGCAACUGGUGAACUAGUCAAAAGUCUUACUCAUAAGAAACAGAUUAACUGGGAGCCCCAGUGGAGUACUGACGAGAAAUUAUUUUGCAAAAUCGUCAACACAGACGUUAUUUUUUAUGAGGACCAAAACUUUGAUAAAAUUGUGGCCAGGAUCAGCAACCAUAAGGUUGCCUCUUUCAAGCUGUCACCCAAUGUGGGCACAUACUUUCUUAUUUGUCACUCUCCAGGAUCACCAGGCCAGCCAUCAUUUGGCAAGCUCUACAAGUACCCCAAUUUUGAGGACAAUCAAGCCAUAGCAAAUAAGAGUUUCUUCUCAGCAGACAAAUUGGAGGUCAAGUGGAACUCAAAGGGCAACAAUGCUUUGCUUUUAACAUCCACUGAAGUUGACAAGACUGGUGGUUCUUACUAUGGAAAGCAAGGCCUGCAUUUUAUGGGUCUUAAUGGGCAAACCAACAUGAUAACACUGAGCAAAGAGGGCCCCAUUUACAGCGUGGAAUGGUCGCCGAAAAACCAGGAGUUUUGUGUGGUUUACGGCUUCAUGCCCGCCAAGGCUACAAUCUUCAACCUAAAGUGUGAGCCGGUGUACGAAUUGGGAACGGGCUCCCGCAACUCCAUCUACUACAACCCCCACGGCAAUUUGCUUCUGUUGGGUGGCUUCGGCAACCUGCAGGGCAACGUGGAAAUCUGGGACGCUAUUAACAGAAAGAAAAUCGGCACCUGCAUCGCCUCCGACACGACCUUGUUGUCGUGGGCGCCCGAUGGCGAGUACUUCCUGACCGCCACCACGGCCCCGAGAUUGAGGAUCAGCAAUGGAUACAAAAUUUGGCACUACAGCGGCUCGUUGCAGUUUGAAAAGCCGUGGGUGCAGAAGGAGGAGCUGUACGACGUGGUGUGGAAGGCUUACCCGAAGUUGACGUUCAAGGAGCCGCAGAUCUCGACGAAGAAGGUGGAGGGCAUCGAGUCGAGUCAGCCGCAAGCUUCGACCCAGGCGUACCGUCCACCGUCUGCCAGAAACAGGCCGACGGUUAACUUUAGGUUGCACGAUGACGAAGAGGAUGCCCACAAACCUGGUCAAAAUAACGCGCCCAGCAAGGCGAGUUUGAAGAAUAAGAAGAAGCGGGAGGCGAAGAAGGCGGCCAAAAAGGACGAGGGUGAAAGUGCCGGUCCUGUUAUCAAAAGCAACGUGCAGAUUAAUCUGACGGGAGAUCCGGAAACUGAUAAGAAACUUAAGAACAUUAAAAAGAAACUCGAUGCAAUCGAAAAACUGAAGGAACAACAAGCUCAGGGUAAAACUUUGGAAGUAAACCAACUGGCUAAAAUCAAGGGCGAAGCUGAUCUAAUCAAGGAGUUGGAGCAGCUGCAGGUGUAAUGCCGAAAGCAUUUAUUGUGCCGUUUUUGAAUAAAUAUUUUAAAAACGUUA